GCAAUAACUGACAUUCAAGAAAAAAUAUCAACAGUCUUUCUUAUCUCGCUCUUUAUUUUCCAAAAAAUCCUCCCGAAUCCGUCGCGACAGUUAUAUAUGCGAUUCACCCUGAUUUCCGAGGAAGAAUCAACGGUGAAAUAGGCGGCUCCGUUAGAGAAAACGGGAGCGCCGCCGAGGGCCGUGACGUGCAGCGGAGGUUCAAGUCAAAACUUCACGCUAGAAUAUCUCGCUUUAGCCACGGUGAUCUUUUUGCAGUUCAUACCCUCUAGAAACAUAGCAUGCUGUUGGUGGGAGUGGAGUAACCUGCACAUAUGGUCUUAGUUUCCAUGGUCACUGAUAAGGCAGAUAAGGUAAACCGGCCACUCUCGGGCAUAGGCGUUGGUUGCAUCUCAUAGGGUCUAACAUCAUGGCAAGCAUUAAAGAGGAAAGUUCCAACAAAGUCUUUGGAGGCUUCCAGAAAGUUUACUCACAUGAGAGUAAAGAGUUGGGAUGUCAGAUGAAGUUUGCUGUGUACAUCCCUCCUCAAGCAGAAUCAGGACCUGUGCCUGUGAUUUACUGGUUGUCAGGUCUUACCUGCACUGAACAAAACUUCAUAACCAAAGCAGGAGCACAACAGUAUGCUUCAAAACAUGGGUUCCUGGUAGUGGCUCCAGAUACAAGCCCAAGGGACUGCAAGAUUCCUGGAGAGGAUGAUAGCUGGGAUUUUGGCACUGGUGCUGGAUUCUACGUGGAUGCCACUGAAGAAAAGUGGAAGACCAAUUAUCGCAUGUUUUCUUAUGUCACCAAAGAGCUCCCUUCCCUUGUUGCUGCCAAUUUCAAAGUGGAGAGCGAUAAGGCUGGCAUUAUGGGGCACAGCAUGGGUGGUCAUGGUGCUCUGAUCUGUGCCCUCAAGAACCCUGGCCAGUACAAGUCAGUCUCAGCAUUUGCACCAAUCUGCAAUCCUGUCAACUGCCCAUGGGGAGUUAAGGCAUUCUCUGGAUAUCUUGGGGAAGGCAAUAAAGAUGCAUGGAAAGACUAUGAUGCUUGUGAAUUGGCAAAGAAGUAUAAUGGCCCCCCAUUAGAGAUCAUGGUUGACCAGG